UCCAAAAAAUAAAUUUUUAGUUAUAUAGAAGGCUUUCUGGAUUUAUCUCUCAUUCUCUCUCGAUUUUCACCUUCAAAUCCACUCUACUCGAUUCAGAAAUACACACUUAUUAGGCGGGGAGAGGGAGAGAGAGAUGUCGUCUACAACGUUUCAGCGGUUAUCGGAGAGGACCAAGAACUCGAAGGCGUUCUUCUACAGUUUCUGCGCAGUGCUAGGAUCCAUUCCCGUUACACUUGGCUAUUUCACUAUGAAGUUUACUAAUUCUAAUAACGCUGCUCUUGAAGCUCGUUUGCGCCAAUCUGCUGAUCCUAAUCUCACUAAGGUGGGGACUGCCACUACAGCAAAAAUGAAUGAAUUUCUUGGGGAACUGCAGAGGAAAGAGAAGCAGAAGGCUGACGAUAGAUAUUUUGCUGCUUUGGGGUGGAAACCCACCAAAAACCCAAGCGUUUCAACUCAACCAGAUGUAGAAGCAAGCAGAAACAUAAUAGAUGGGGAUCUUAAGAAGUUAGCGUAAUGUUUUAGUUUCUGGCUGAUCUUGGAUAAAUAUUUACCUCCGCAACUAGCUUACUACUGGCGUCAAACCAGAUGAACACCAAAAAAGACGAGAAAAUAGUCUGAUGAUGGUUAUGUGAAGGAGAAUUAUUUCUCUGUAUCGGAUUAUUAGGUU